GGCAAAACACGAUACUUGAGGUGAAAGUGUGCCGUGUCUGUACAUCCACAUCCAUGAAACGCACACAUCACGUGUGCGAGGUGUCCUCACCCGACCCAAUGCAAGGCAAAAAGCGGUGCACGUCUGUCCCUCCCACCGAGACGCUGUAUUACCUGACUAAAGGAUGCACGAAAGACAGGACCGGUCUCCCUAUCCUACGGGUGCUGUGGGUAUGAUGAAGCGAUUCAUACUAUCGAGGUGCCAGCUCAACAAGGGCACACAUGCAGUGGGGCGGGGCGUAGCUGGGCGUACACGAAAAAGAGCAACAAACGAGUAGGCGGCAAAAUGCAGUCAGUGAUCAUUAUACACCAGGGUAUGCACAGAGGCCCUCACGGGCCCUCCCUUGCUGUCCGCUACGCACUAGAGGAAAGUCGUGAGCGACAAACAUGAAAACUGCCCCUCACCCCCAGUGGAAAAACUCGCAGUAAUACAUGAAAUGCCCUGCUCUCACGGCUCGGGCUGCACCUCCCUCACUUCAUCGGCAGUCAGCGGCUCUUCCUCCGUGUUGCGGUCCAGCAGUGAGUCCAGGAUGCUCGUCAGGGUCUCUCCAGCCUGAGAGCCUUGGUCGUCGCCGCCGCCCUCGCUGUCGCUGUCCUCGGUGUUGCUAGUGGUGUCGUCGACCGGCUCGUCGAUGCGCUCCACACACAUGCCUGGGCGGACACACACCUCACCCUCGAUGCAACCCUCCCCGCUGCACCCAGUCGUGACUCUGCGGCAGGCGCAAGAGUCGCCCAUAGGCAGGAAGGGAAUGCGCAUCGCCGUCCGCGUACACACCUCAUCUGAAACACACACCGCAGCAGCAGCACGUCCCAAUCUCUGCAGGUCUAUGUGUUUGGGUCAUCCAUUGCCUCUCUGACCUUCAGCACAACCGCCUUCGCAGCCCUCGUCAAACUCAGGGUCGCACACCUCCCUGCAGACGUUGCUGGAUAUGCCGAACAUGUUGAAGAACUGCAAUUUGAGCACACAAACAACGACGACAGAUGUGGCGAUAUGGAUUUGGACACAUUGGUCAGCCCACAGCUUCGCUCACUGAAGUGCAGACGGCCGCAGUCCCAUCACAGGUGCACACGGGGCUCUCCUCAACGCACGUGCCCUGUGUGCGGUCUCUGACGAGGUUGGCGCACACGCGGCCCUCGUCGCAGUCGGCUGUCGAGCGGCAGGUGACGGAUGCGCCAAGAUCUUGAGCGGCAACGAAGAGGGGAACGGCGAGGCAGACGGCGAUGAAAACAAAGCGAGCGAAUGUCAUCUUGGCGAUGAAUGACAACAGUGGAGGCUCCUGAACGCUCCUCUUUUUCCAAAC